UAUUACAGUAGGAUUUUGUUUUGAACCAAAACUGCAACAUAAACCGGACAAUAAAGCUCACGAAGUUAAUAUGAGACUCACAGCAAUAAUAUUUUGCUUCUUCUUCGGUUUGCUGUUAUUAUGUGUGAUAGUGAUUGCAUCGAUUUACACUGAACAAUAUCCACAAGUCCAAAUUAGCGACGGCAUUUUGAACGGAGCUUAUUUAACAACGAGGAAUGAUAGGAAAAUUUCUGGAUUUACGGGCAUCCCGUUCGCCAAACCGCCUGUAGGGGAUCUAAGAUUUCAAGCUCCUGUACCGAAUGAUCCUUGGACAGAGGAAAGAAAUGCAGUGGAAACUCCUCCUGAAUGUACUCAACGCAACUUUCUAAUGCCAGCUUUGAUGGCAGGAGAGGAGGAUUGCUUGUAUCUAAAUGUUUAUACACCCAAACUAUCGAAUUUUGAAACCGAGCUCUUACCAGUUAUGUUUUGGAUCCAUGGUGGAGGUUUUAUAUACGGCAAUGGAAAUGAGUAUAAUCCUCAUGUACUCUUAGAUAAGGAUAUCGUUUUGGUAACCUCUAAUUACAGAUUAGGUCCGUUGGGAUUUUUAGCCACAGGGGAUGAUGUGGUGCCAGGUAAUAACGGUUUAAAAGACCAAAAUCUGGCUUUACAAUGGGUGAAGAAAAACAUACGGAAAUUCGGAGGUGAUCCGGAUAGAAUCACCCUGUUUGGAGAGUCUGCUGGUGCAGUUAGCGUAAAUUAUCACAUGCUUUCUCCAUUAAGUAAAGGGUUAUUUAGCAAGGCUAUACUACAGAGUGGUACAAGUCUUUGUUGUUGGGCGUUGAGCGAAAAAGAAACAGUCGAAAAUACCCAUAAGCUAGCUAAAUCUCUUAAUUGCUCUAUCGAAUCGAGUGCAGAUAUGGUAGAAUGUUUACGAAAAAUAGAUGCGGCAAAAAUUAUUGAACUGGAUGAUAUAUUUAAAGUUUGGGGCGAGGAACCAAUGAUGCCAUUCAAACCAGUAAUCGAGCCGAAAUCGUUGAAAAAUUCAUUUCUUAGUGAUCAUCCCAUGAAUAUAAUCAGUUCAGGAAAAAGCAUGGACGUUCCGAUUAUAAUUGGAAUUACAUCCGAAGAAGGGGGUUUUAAAGCACCAGGUUUCAAAAAGGACAAUCUCUUGGAUGAAUUCGAUGCGAAAUUUGACAAAAUCCUCCCGGUCUCCUUGUUUUAUGACCGGAUGGAAAAUCAUCAGAAAAUUACAGAAAAAAUUAAGAAAUUCUAUUUUACUGGCAAAUCGAUUAAGGAUUCGAUCAAGGAUAUCAUAAAUUUGUAUACAGAUAGUUUUUUCUUUAAAUGCUCUGAUGACAUAGCAAGAUUGCACGCAAAAUAUUACAAGCAACCUGUAUAUUUCUACUUACUGGGUUACAAAGGCAACUUGAGUAUCUCGAUAUUAUAUGGAGGUGGUGAUGAAUAUUACGGUACAGUUCAUGGUGAUGAUUUACUAUAUUUGUUCCCAAUGGGUGAGGCUCUUUUCCCAGAUACACCACCCACAGAUCGCGACAGAAGAAUAUCCGAAAUCUUCGCAACACUUUGGACUAAUUUCGCUUACACCGGAAAUCCCACCCCAAACACAUCGGAA